GGGGAGGGCUAGGGCGGGGGCGGUGCCGGUGACGCGGCUCAGGCGGCGGCAGCGGCGGGCGGGCGGCGGUGGCGGCGCGUGUGGCGCGCGCUUCUUCGUGUCCUGGGAGCAGAGCCCCGGCCCCCGCCGCUCCCGCCGCCGCCAUGUCGGGCCGGUCCGUCCGGGCCGAGACCCGCAGCCGGGCCAAAGACGACAUCAAAAAGGUGAUGGCGGCCAUAGAGAAAGUGCGGAAAUGGGAGAAGAAGUGGGUAACCGUGGGUGACACAUCCCUCAGGAUAUUCAAAUGGGUGCCCGUUGCCGACAGCAAAGAGAAGGAGAAAUCAAAAUCGAACAGUUCAGCAGCCCGAGAAGCGAACGGUUUCCCCUCCGACGCCUCUGCCAAUUCUUCCCUCCUUCUUGAAUUCCAAGAUGAGAAUAGCAACCAGAGCUCCAUGUCUGAUGUCUAUCAGCUCAAGGUGGACAGUAGCACCAACUCGAGCCCGAGCCCCCAGCAGAGCGAGUCCCUGAGCCCGGCGCACACCUCCGACUUCCGGACGGACGAUUCCCAGCCGCCCACAUUAGGCCAGGAGAUCCUGGAGGAGCCCUCCCUGGCUGCUUCCGAAGGGGCCGAUGAACCUCCCACCCUCACCAAGGAAGAACCGGUCCCGCUGGAGUCGCAGGCUGCGGAGGACGAGGAGGACUCGGGCGCCCCCCCACUAAAGCGUUUCUGUGUGGAGCAGCCUGCCGUGCUGCAGACGGCCUCAGAAAGCUAGCGCCACCCUGGCGUCCCUGCCCGCUUGGCCCCUUGCCUCUAUUUAUUGAAUUCUGGUCCUGGCUAGGCUGCUGUUGCUGGGCUGAAGGCAGAUGUUGGGCUCCAGAGCCUGCACGUCUUGGCCCCUGGGCUGAAAGGUUCCAGCGGGGAAGGCGGCCCCAGGACUGGGGGUCGCGGGGCCAUCUCCGUCCCUAGUACCUGUUUGCUUGCUCCUCUGCUUUCCUUAGGGGACUUAAGCGGCACGGGGGUGGCCCAGCGCUCCCCGAGCUUCAGGCCCUCCCCCUGCCUUUUUUAUGGCCCAGCCAGGAGCUGCGCUGCUAGGCCAGGGGCACAGUGCAGAGAGGAAUGAGUGCCCUGUAGAGAGCCGGCACUUGGGCAUCUUAGUGGCCCUUGCUGGACAAAGCCCAUGGGCUCACGGGCAAGUGUGAGUCCUCCAGCCUCAGGUAGGAGUAUGGUGAGGAGGGGGCAGGAGUGGGUGCCUCCCCUAGGCGAGGCCUCUGGGAAAAGGAGGGGCUCCUUUGCCACCCGACGGGUUUCCGUUUGCCUGAGCCCUCGGGCCCCUUCCUCAGUAGUCCAUCUCCCAUUGGGUUCUCCCCCAUCCCCCAUUCUUCCUUUCCCUUUCUCCCCUGCCUCCCCCUGCCUUCUGCUGUGGCCCCUGCCCCAGGCCUGGGUCAGCACUGCUGCUACAGCUUAGGUCCCAGCAAGAGUUGGAGGUUCUGGGAACACCCAGCCCGAUUCCUCUUCAGCUCAGACUUUCUGGAAAGUUUCCUUUUCUUUGAAAUCUGCAUGUUGAAUCGAACUUUGUGAUAUUAUUUUUUGUUUCUGAAAAAAGUUUUAAGAAAAUUAAAUGGGCGACUGUGAGUGAAGACAUAUUUUAGCACUGAAUAGAAUAUUUUUAAAAUUAAACUAUUUGAAAUACA